AUUGGCUGCCUGCUCCAGCCGCAGCCCCAGAGAAUGAAUGAAAUUGAAAAUUACUGGUAUAUUACAUGUACAAUACCGGGAUCUGCAGUGUUACAUUGUAUCAUACUAUAUCAAAAUGGCCACAGUGGUUCAAAACCCUCUGAAAUCGCAAUCCAGCGGGACCGUCAUUAAAAACAGUCUGGGGGAGGAGUUCUACAGAGAGGCUAUAGAGCACUGUCGCAGCUAUAAUGCCCGUCUGUGUGCCGAGCGCUCCAUGCGGCUGCCCUUCCUGGACUCCCAGACGGGCGUGGCCCAAAGCAACUGCUACAUCUGGAUGGAGAAGAAUCACCGCGGGCCAGGGUUGGCCCCAGGACAGCUCUACACUUACCCCGCCCGCUGCUGGCGUAAGAAGAGACGGCUAAACAUCCUAGAGGACCCCCGCCUAGGACCCAUCGAGUUCAAGAUCGCAGACUACGAGGCCUCUCUGAAGAAGGAGGGGGGGGUGCCUGAGGGGCCGGUACUGGAGUCCCUGCUCAGCGCUGAGACGCUGGACAAGAAGGUGGAGACCAAGGAGGAGGAGCCAAUGAGCGAGUGCCAGAAGCUGCUUGUGGGAGACUUUCCUCAUGAACUGGAGGUGGAGGAGAUGGAGGAUGACAUGCCCAAACGUAAAAACCGGACCAAAGGCCGGGCCUAUGGUGUGGGAGGGAUGAGGAAGAGGCAGGAGCCAGCCUCCCUGGAGGACAGAGACAAGCCCUAUGUGUGUGACAUCUGUGGGAAACGCUAUAAGAACCGUCCGGGCCUGAGCUACCACUACACACACACGCACCUGGCGGACGAGGAAGGCGAGGAAGACUCCGAGCGCCACACCCUGCCCUUUCAGCGCAAGAACAACCACAAGCCCAAAAAAGCUCCCGAUGGGUCUGUCAUUCCCAACGGCUACUGUGACUUCUGCCUGGGGGGCUCCAAGAAGACCGGCUGUCCGGAAGACCUCAUUUCCUGUGCGGACUGCGGGCGGUCAGGCCACCCCUCCUGCCUGCAGUUCACGGUGAACAUGACGGCGGCCGUGCGCACUUACCGCUGGCAGUGCAUCGAGUGCAAGUCCUGCAGCCUCUGCGGCACGUCUGAGAACGAUGAUCAGCUGCUGUUCUGCGAUGAUUGUGACAGAGGAUACCACAUGUACUGCUUGAGCCCCCCAAUGGCUGAGCCUCCAGAAGGGAGCUGGAGUUGCCAUCUGUGUCUGCGGCAGCUGAAAGAGAAGGCAUCGGCCUACAUCACCCUGACCUAAGCUCCGCCCCGCCCCGCCCCGCCCCAGCCCCGCC